UGAAGGGGGCUUUCCCCGCUCGGCUGUCUUGACUUCCUUUUUUUUUCGAGCGAAGGCUGGCUUGACCGCAGUUAAAUCUUCCAGAAUUUGUACCGAACGUGAUGAAAUCUCACAUUGGACGUCAAUCGCUACUUCACCGGACUAAAACAUCUUUCGUUGCAUCUUUGCGUCCGGUUGAAGUCGUCUCGGUGCACGUUGACAGCUUCUCGGCCUAGCUUACCUUAGUUUAGCUUGCUAGCCGCUAACAAAGAGACUCGUUUGCGAUCAGCACGUCGCUCAGCAGAGCUCAAGUGUGAGCGUAAAGUGUUGGGAUUGUCGUAAAGUGUGAACAUGUGUGCGGCAAGGACCGCAGACUACGAGGGGGAACUUUGCAGCGUAAAAGACGAGAACGAGCGACCACGUCAACUGCUGGAUGCUGUUUGCAAGAUGCAACCUCGAGUUGUGCAACACACAGCGGACGUCAGGGAAAAUCUUCAUCCAGAGUGGGAGCACUCAGCGUCCCCUCACAUAAAAGAGGAAGAGGAGGAUGAAGAGUUUCAUCACAUCAAAGAGGAGGAGGAAGAGUUCUUAAAUAUUAAAGAGGAAGAAGAGGAGGAACUCUUCAAGGUUCCUUUGACUGGUGUCCCUUUGAAGAGUGAAGAUGAAGGUCAAAGUGAGGAGAGACGAGAGGCGGAGCCUCCAAGCAGCAGCAAAAGUCAACACAUGACAACAGAAGGUGAUGGAGACCACUGUGGAGGAUCACCAGCAGACGGGCUCUUAGCUCCACUAUCGGAUAGUGAUGACACGACGUCACACUCUGCUCACUCUGAUGAUGAUGAUGAUGAUGAUGAUGAUGAAGAGUUGGAAGGCGAUAUGAUACGUCACACUGAUAAGAAACCCUGGAAAUGUUCUCAGUGUGGGAAAACUUUUGCUUCUCAGAGGAAUUUGGAGCGACAUAUGAAAAUACACACUGGAGAGAAGCCUUUUGCCUGCUCCGAUUGCGGCCAAAGAUUCUCACAGAAAGGAACCUUAAAAAGCCACACAACAACGCACACUGGUGAGAAACCUUUUGCCUGCUCAGUUUGUGGACGAGGAUUCUCUCAAAGGGGAAACUUAUUAAGACACACAAGAACACACACUGGUGAGAAACCUUUUGCCUGCUUAGUUUGUGGUCACAGAUUCUCUUAUAAGGGACACUUAAAAAGACACACAAGAAUGCACACUGGUGAGAAACCUUUUUCCUGCUCAGAUUGUGGUAAAAGAUUCUCGUGGAAGGGAGCCUUAAAUAUACAUGCAAGAACGCACAAUGGAGAGAAACCAUUUUCCUGCUCGAUUUGUGGUCAAAGAUUCACUGAAAAUGGAGCCUUAAAAGUGCACACAAGAACGCACACCGGAGAGAAACCUUUUUUCUGCUCAGAUUGUGGUCAAAGAUUCACUCAGAAGGGAACCUUAAAAAGACACACAAGAACGCACACUGGAGAGAAACCUUUUUCCUGCUCAGAUUGUGGUCAAAGAUUCACUCAGAACGGAGCCUUAAAAAUUCAUACAAGAACACACACUGGGGAGAAACCUUUUUCCUGCUCAGAUUGUGGUCAAAGAUUCACUCAGAAGGCAAACUGAAAAAAAAUCACGCAAGAACACACACUGGGGAGAAACCUUUUUCCUGCUCAGUUUGCGCUCAAAAAUUUGCUCAUCAGUGUCUGGCUAAGAAUCACAAGCGUGUUGGUGAAAAUUGCAGUGAUCAAUGACAGUUUCAUUCAG